AAAGAAGAAAAAAAAAUUAUAGUCAAGAAAUGUAACCGCAUAUACUAAGAGAUUUGCUUCAGGUUAAUUUGGUGCUCAUUCUGUUCAUUGCAAAGGUUGGAGUUGAAAAAAAAAACAAAAAGUGGUUACUUACAGAUCAUUUAGCUUUUACGUUUAGAGUUCAAUUUAAAUCAUCAGUCUUGUAGAACGCACCAUCCGUUCAUUCAUAUCCAGAUCCAAACAACCGUAGAGCUGCUCACUACCACCGUCUCUGCGUCUCAGAACUUGUCACCACCACCGACCCAGAAACCACCGUCUCAGAACCACCAUCUUCUCACUACCACCGUCUUCUCACACCACCGACGAACUCAGAACUCGACAAUUUCAUCGUUCCUGUUGUCAUUUCACCGUUCCGACGAACUCGCCGUCUCCAUUGUUCAAUCUUCGCACCAACUUUCCGACGAACCUUCCAUUGUUAAACCCUAAAUCCCAAAUAUAAGGAUUUGUUACUGUUGUUGAAGGCUUGAAGGAGACUGACUCAAGCCACAAAGACAAGGAGAAGAAAAGAGAAUCAAUGGAAAUUCUGGUUUCUGUUGUUGAAAAAGUUGCAGAUUCAAUCUUUGUGCCUAUUGGACGUCAAGCAAGUUACGUGAUAUUCUAUAAAGGAAAUUUCAAGAAGUUAGCAGCUCAUGUUGUACGCCUUGAGGCUGAACGAGAAAGAAUGGUCCAUUCGAUUGAAGAAGAAAGGGGAAAUGGUAAAGAAAUCGAAAGAGACGUUGUGAAUUGGUUGGAGAAAGUAAAUGAGGUCAUUGAAAAAGCAAAUCAACUUCAAAAAGAUCCUCGUCGUUCCAAUGCUAGGUGCUCAACAUGGCAGUUCCCGAAUUUGAUUUUACGACAUCAACUAAGUAGGAAAGCCACAAAAAUUGUAAUAGAUGUCGUUCAAGUUCAAGGAAAAGGGAUGUUUGAUCGAGUUGGUUACCUUCCCAUCCUAGAUGGAGUAGCCUCCUCCUCUGCAAAAGGUGGUGAAAAUUAUGAGACAAGAGAGUUACUUAAGGAGGAUAUUGUGAAGGCUCUGGAAGACCUUAAUUCAUGUAUUAUUGGUGUCUAUGGGUUGGGUGGGGUGGGUAAGACCACUCUAGUGGAGGAAGUUGCUCAAAUAUCCAAGCAACGCAAAUUGUUUGAUAAAGUGGUUAAAACACAUGUAUCCAAAAAUGCCGACUUUAAAACAAUUCAAGGGGAGAUUGCAGACUCGUUGGGUUUGCGAUUUGAUGAGGAGACAAUUUAUGGAAGAGCAAAUCGCCUAAGACAAAGAAUCAUGAUGGAGAAAAGUAUCCUUGUCAUUCUAGAUAAUAUAUGGACCAUGCUUGAUUUAAAGAAAAUAGGAAUCCCAUUUGGUAAUGAACAUAAUGGUUGCAAAUUAUUGAUGACAUGUAGAAAUCAAGAUGUGUUGCUGCAAAUGGAUGUUCCAAAGAAUUUCACUUUCAAACUUGAACUUAUGAGUGAAAAUGAGACAUGGAGUUUGUUUCAAUUUAUGGCUGGUGAUGUGGUUAAAGAUAGCAAUUUGACAGAUGUAGCAAUUCAAAUUGCCCAAAAAUGUGAAGGUUUGCCUCUUAGGAUAGUGACAGUAGCGCGUGCAAUGAGAAAUAAGAAGGAUGUUCAAUUUUGGAAAUAUGCAUUACGGAAAUUACAAAGUAAUGAUGGUAUAGAGAUGGAUGCACUAACUUAUUCUGCUCUGGAAUUAAGUUAUGACUUUUUGGAGAGUGAUGAAAUAAGGGAUCUCUUCUUACUUUUUGCAUUACUCUCUGAUAAUGAUGUUGAGUACUUCCUGAAACUUGCAAUAGGUUUGAACAUAUUAAAGCAUAUUAAUACCAUGGAUGAUGCAAGAACCAGACUUUACACAAUAAUCAAAUCUUUGGAGGCGACUUGUCUGCUUGAAGUUAAGACAGGCGGACAUAUCCAAAUGCAUGACUUUGUUCGAGAUUUUGCUACCUCUAUAGCACGUAGGGACAAACAUGUAUUUCUAAUAAAACAACCAAAUGACGACUGGCCAACCAAGGAUUCUUUAAAAAGGUGCACACAGAUCUUUCUAGAUAGGUUUCCUAUCCACAUGCUUCCUCAAACGUUUGAUUGUCCAAACAUCAAGUUAUUCUGUUUGGUAAGUGUGUACUGUUCUUUAGAAAUCCCCGAUAAUUUUUUUGAGGGUAUGGGAAGCCUUGCAGUGGUAGAUUUAACGGCCUUGAACUUGUCUUCAUUACCCACUUCUUUUCAGUUCCUAACAGACCUUCAAACGCUGUGUUUGGAGUCUUGUAUUUUGGAAAAUAUGGAUGCUAUAGAAGGUUUGAAAAAUUUAAAAAUUCUUAGCCUCCGGAAAUCUUCGAUGAUCAAGUUGCCAAGAGUAAUAGGACAAUUGACUCAAUUAAGAAUGCUUGAUUUGAGCGAUUCAGGAAUAGAAGUAGUCCCAUCCAACAUCAUAUCCAACUUGACUAAAUUGGAGGAGUUGUACAUGGGUAAUACCUCUAUUAAUUGGGAAGAUGUAAAUUCAAUAGUUCAAACUGAAAAUGCAAGCAUUAGUGAGCUUCAGAAACUACCCAACUUGACUGCUCUAGAAUUGCAGAUUCGCGAAACUUGGAUGUUGCCAAGGGACUUGCAAUUGAUGUUUGAGAAGCUGGAAAAAUAUAAAAUAGCUAUUGGAAAUGUAUGGGAAUGGUCUGACAUUAAAGAUGGAACUUCAAAAACAUUGAUGCUCAAACUUGGUACCAAUAUACAUUUGGAGCAUGCAAUUAAAGCAUUGAUUAGAAGUGUUGAGAAGUUGUACUUGGAUGAUGUAGAUGGAAUUCAAAAUGUGCUUUAUCAGCUAAAUGGAGAAGGAUUUCCAUUACUGAAAUAUCUCCAUGUCCAAAAUAAUGCAAACAUGAAGCACAUUGUUGACUGGAAAGAGAGAAAUCGAAUCCAUGUGUCGUUUCCCAUCUUGGAAACUCUAGUACUUCACAAUCUUAAAAACUUGGAGCAUAUAUGUCAUGGUCCACUUUCAAUUACUUCUUUUGGAAGUCUUAGUGUUAUCAAAGUCAAAAAUUGCAUCCAGUUAAAAUAUAUUUUUUCCUCUACAAUGGUUAAAGGACUUUCUUCCCUUUCUGAGAUUGAUGUUUGUCGGUGUGAUUCUAUGAAAGAGAUAGUGCUCGAAGACAACAGAUUAAGUGCAAAUAAUGAAAAGAUUGAGUUUCUUCAAUUGCGUUCUUUGACUUUAGAACAUUUGGAGAUGCUUGAUAAUUUCUUCUCUUAUUAUUCGACGGAUUCUUCACCAUUUUUCAAUGCUCUGGUUGCAUUUCCUAAUUUGGAUAACCUUAAAUUGAGCUCACUCAAUUUGAAUAAUAUUUGGAAUGACAAUCUUCAUUCAAUGCACAACUUGACUAGCUUGAUUGUGGAUAAUUGUGAUGGGUUGAAGUACUUAUUUUCAUCUAGCGUGGUUGGAAGUUUUAAGAACCUCAAACACCUAGAAAUAAGUAAUUGUGCGAUGAUGGAGGAGAUUAUAGCUAAAGAACAGGGAAACAAUGCAUCAAAAGAGGUACAUUUUUUGAAAUUAGAAAAAAUCAUAUUGAAGGACAUGGACAACUUGAAGUCAAUAUGGCACUGCCAAUUUGAAACAUUGAAGAUGUUGCAAGUGAACAAUUGUAACAAAAUUGUGGUGGUUUUUCCUUCUUCAUUGCAGAAAACUUAUAAUAAGUUAGAGAUGUUAGAGAUCACAGAUUGCAGUUUAGUGGAAGAAAUAUUUGAAUUGAAUUUUAAUGGAAGUAGCAGUGUAGAAGAUACAACACAUUUGAAAGAAGUUACUAUCGAUGGAUUGCACAAGCUGAAAAAGAUAUGGAGUGGUGAUCCUCAAGGAAUUCUUAGUUUUCAAAAUCUAAUAAAUGUAAAACUAAAUAAUUGUGAAGGUUUGGAGUAUCUAUUACCACUUUCCGUAGCCACCCGUUGCUCACAUCUCAAGGAACUUCAUAUAAAAUUUUGUGGAAACAUGAAGGAAAUUGUUGCAGAGGAGAAAGAAUCUAGCAGCGUGAAUGCAGCUCCAUUAUUUGAGUUUAAUCAACUGAGUACUUUAUUGCUUUGGCACUUGGGUAAACUCAAGGGUUUCUAUGCUAAAAAUCAUGCCCUAGCAUGUCCAUCUUUGAAGGAAAUUGAUGUUGUCAAUUGUGAAAAAUUGAAUUUGUACAGACCUUUAUAUAAAAGACGCUCCAAUUUUCAAGAGGACAAACUCUUUGUAUCAAUGCAACAACCACCUUUCAUUGUCGAAGAGGUGAUUCCAAAUUUAGAGAAGUUGAGAAUAGAUCACAAGGAUGCUAACAUAAUAUUGCAAGCCCAAAACUCAAGUGGCUUAUUCACAAAACUCACAUUUCUUGGUUUGUCUGCUUAUAAGAAUGAAGAUACAUUUCCUUAUUGGUUUCUUCAAAAUGUGCGUAGUCUUGAAGCACUAGUUGUUGAAAGGAGCUGCUUCAAGAAGAUAUUUCAAGAUGAAGGAAGAAUGAGUGAGAAGACUCACACACAAAUCAAAAGGUUGACAUUGAGUGCAUUACCUAACCUUGAACAUAUUUGUGAGGAAGGAUCCCAAAUUGACCCGGUUCUUGAGUUCCUUCAAAUCUUAUUUGUUAAGGAGUGUUCUAGUUUGAUAAAUUUGUUGCCCUACUCUGCCACCUUCAGUCAUCUGGAAUAUAUGGAGAUAACAUGUUGCAAUGGGUUAAAAAAAUUAUUGACAUCUCCAACGACACAAAGUUUGGACAAACUUUCAACACUUAAGGUAAAAGAAUGUAAUUCACUUGAAGAAAUAAUUACCGGAGAGGAAAAUAUUCACAUUACAUUUAUUAGUUUACAAAUAUUGAUGUUGGAAAGUUUGCCUAACCUCAAACAAUUUUGCUCUAGUAAGUGCUUCUUCAAGUUUCCGUUGUUGGAAGUAGUAAUUGUGAAAGAAUGUCCUCGCAUGGAGGUUUUUUCUGAGGGAUAUAUAAGUACACCAAAUCUUCGAAAAGUUAAAAUUGCAGAAAAUGAUGAAGAAUGGUUUUGGAACGGAAACAUAAAUGACACAAUAACCAGCAUGUUUGAAGAUAAGGUGACAUUUGGUAGUUUCAAACAUUUAAAACUAUCUGAACAUCCUGAGUUAAAAGAAUUAUGGUGUGGUCAACUUCAGUUGCAUAAUGCAUUUAGGAGUUUGAAGUAUCUUGUGGUUCAUAAAUGUGAUUUUUUAUCCGAGGCACUCUUUCGACCAAAUUUACUAGAAGUCCUAAGGAACUUGGAAGAAUUAGAUGUCAAAGAUUGUAAUUCAUUACAAGCAGUUUUUGAUUUCGAAGGUGAAUUUGGAAAAGAAAUUGAUCUUGUGAAGAAUUCUACUCAAUUGAAGAAAUUAAAAUUAUCUAAUCUUCCAAAAUUGAAGCAUGUAUGGAAGGAGGAUCCACAUACCACUAUGAGAUUUCAGAGUUUAAGUGAAGUGUUUGUUGAGGAAUGCAAAAGCUUGUUAAGAAUAUUUCCACUUUCAGUAGCUAGAGAUAUGAUGAAACUUCAAAUUCUUGAGUUACGUGAUUGUGGUAUUGAAGAAAUUGUUGGAAAGGAUGAAAUAACAGAGGUGGUGGAGAUAGUUAAAUUUGUGUAUCCUCAUUUAACAUUCAUUAUACUUACUGAUUUGACUAAACUUAAGGCAUUCUUUUUGGGAGUCCAUUCUCUUGAAUGUAAAUCAUUGAAAAUGAUUGACAUGUUCGGAUGUCCAAAAUUAUAUCUAUUUAAGAUAGAGCCUUUUAGACAGCAAGAAAAUGCCAUAAAUGAUGAGCUCAAUAUCUCAACACAUCAACCUCUUUUCGUGAUUGAAGAGGUAUUCAAUAUGGAGAAAGUGAACAUGAAUAUUAAAUAUUUUGACAUGAUAUUGCAUAGCAAAUAUUCAGAGGUUCAAUUCAACAAAGCCAACCUCAUUGGUGUGAGCGAAUUCUACAAUGAUGAAGAAGCUAUUUUUCCAUAUUGGUUCUUGAAAAAUGUUCCUAAUUUACAAACCAUUUUAGUCCAAUGGUGUUCCUUCAAGGAGAUAUUUCAAGGUGAACAAUUGGUAAGUAAAGAAAAGAAAAAUGAAAUUAUCCCGAGACUCAAAGAGUUGAAAUUAUGGUACCUGAACAAGCUUCAAUGUAUAUGGAAUGAAAGAUUUGAAAUGGACCCUGUUCUACAUUUUCUUGAAAGAAUGAUUGUUGCUCAGUGUUCCAGUUUGAUAAAGUUGGUUCCAUCCUCUGCUACCUUUAAAAACAUGACCUAUUUGGAGGUGGCAAACUGCAAUGGAUUGAUAAAUUUGAUUACAUACACAACAGCAAAGAGUCUAGUCAAACUCACAACAAUGAAAAUUGCAAUGUGUGAUUCGAUUGAGGAUAUAGUGAACGGUGAAGAAGAUGAGACAAAUGAGAUUGUAUUUUGCAGUUUACAAUCUCUCGAACUAAUUUCUUUACCACGGCUUUGUCGAUUUUGCUCAUGUCCAUUCCCCAUUAUGUUUCCGUUGCUCGAAGUUGUAGUUGUCACAGAAUGUCCUCGAAUGGAACAUUUUUCAUUGGGAGUGACUGACACACCAAAUCUUCAAAAUAUACAAAUCGAAGAAAAUGAUGAAGAAAAUCGUUGGGUGGGUGACCUCAACGGAACAGUUAAGAAGUUGUUUGAUGAUAAGGUUGCAUUUCGUAAACUCAAAUAUUUAGCCUUAUCCGACUACCCUGAGCUAAAAAGUUUGUGGUAUGGCCAACUUGAAAAAGAUGUGUUUUGCAAUUUGAAACAUCUAGUGGUGCAAAGAUGUGAUUUUUUAACACAUGUACUUUUUCCGUCAAAUGUAAUGCAAGUUCUACAUGGAUUGGAAGAACUAGAAGUAAGAAAUUGUGAUUCAUUAGAAGCAGUGUUUGAUGUGAAAGGUAUGAAGUCUAAAGACAUGUUGAUAAAACAAAGCACUCAAUUGAAAAAAUUGAGUUUGUCCAACUUACCAAAAUUGAAUCACAUAUGGAAUGAGGAUCCUCAUGAAAUUAUAAGCUUCAAAAAGUUAUGCACGGUGAGAGUUUCUUCGUGUCAAAGUUUGUUAUAUAUAUUUCCGUUGUCACUAUGUGAAGAUCUUGAACAUCUUGAAAUGCUUGAGAUAGACUCUUGUGGAGUUGAGGAAAUUGUUUCAUUGAAAGAAGGAUCAAUGACAAGUAGCUUUAAUUUUUCUAAAUUGAAGAAAUUGGCAUUACUUCGUUUGAAAAUUUUAACGAGUUUCUAUCGACGAAAGCAUGCUUUAGAGUGCCCAUCAUUGAAGAUUUUGAAUGUAUAUUGUUGUGAAGCAUUAAAGAUAUUUUCAUUCAACCAUUUAGAUUUCCAACAGCCUAACCCGGUAGAUGAAAAUCAUGAUAUGCUUUUUCAACAACCUCUGUUUUCUAUUGAAAAGCUGAGCCCCAACUUAGAGGAAUUGGCAAUAAAUGGCAUAGAUAUGUUGGGGAUAUUGAAUGGUUAUUGUCAAGAAAAUAUGUUUCAUAAAGUUGAACUUCUUCGCUUGGAGCGCUUCAAUGAAACUCCGGCUAUUUUCAUGAAUGAGUUCCUUAAAAUAUUUCAUAAUGUUAAAACGUUUCAAGUGCGUAAUAGUUCUUUUGAAAUAUUGUUCCCCGUGAACGGAACCAAUGGUUAUCUGAGUAUGAAAAUUUCAAAGCAAGUAAGAAAUUUGUGGGUUAAUGCAUCGGAAAAGCUUGAGCACAUAUGGCAGGAAGAGUUUCCACUGGAUCAUCCUCUUCUACAAGAUCUUGAAGGCUUACUUGUAUUGGCUUGUCCAAGUUUAAUAAGCUUGGUACCAUCGUCUGCAUCUUUCACAAAUUUAACCUAUUUGGAAGUGGACGAUUGCAAAGAGCUUCUUUAUUUAAUAACUUCCACAACUGCUAAAAGUCUUGUACAACUCAAAAGAUUAGAAAUAUCAAAUUGUGAGAAGAUGUUGGAUAUUGUGAAGAUUGAUGAAGAAGAAGCAGCGGAAAGCAUCAUAUUUAAAAACUUGGAAGACAUGGAAUUUACUUCUAUGUCAAGUUUGGGAAGUUUCUGUUAUGGGAAACAAGCAUUCAUAUUCCCAUCUUUGUUACGUCUCACUGUUUGUGGAUGCCCUCAAAUGGAGAUGUUCUCAUCAGGAAUCUUAGUAGCUCCAUACCUAACCGAAAUUCGAGUUGAAGUAGGAAAUAAGAAAUGGAAAGGUGAUCUUAACACAACUAUUCAACAAUUGUUCAUAGAAAAGGAAGUCCUACGUUCUAAUGUGCUGAAUGAGACCAUCAUAUCCUAACAUUUGCAAGAUGAUGAGCUAGCUAGGGAGAUGGUAUUGAUGCAGAACAGAAGAUCCUGAGGAGUGAUUGCCAUGCCAUAGUAGCAAUCAUAUAGUUUUCCUUAAUUAUUUUUCUUGCUUUUUUAUGUUGUUUUGGUUUUUAGGGUGGACACUUAGAUUAUAAUUUAUAAGACUUUAGUGUUAGAUUCUAUUAAGCUUGAUUUAUUGUUAUUUCAACCUUUUUUAGUGACUUCUUUCGGAUUGUUGUUA